AUGUCAUCGUCGUCAGGCCCGGCCGCCGGGGCGGCCCCCGCUCCGGACGACCCAGGACGGCCACACUCGAUCGUCAUCUCCGCCGCCGUCCUCACCUCGGUUUCGGCGGUGGCCGUGGCCCUGCGCUUCUACGUGCGAGCGAAGAUGCUCCGCUCGGUCAAGAGCGAGGACUGGUGCAUGCUAGUGUCGAUGUGGUCUUACUUCGGCACCAUGUGUUACAACCUGAGCCUCUGUUUCACCAAAAUCUCGAUCCUCCUCCUGUACUUUCGGGUCUUGACCCACGACUACAUCCGCAAAGUAACUUGGGGAACCAUGGGCAUCGUGGUCGUCUACAACAUCUGGGGCUUUGGCAUGUACCUCACCAUGUGCAUCCCCCUCCAGAAGAUGUGGCAUUCGGAUUUGGACGGGUACUGUCAUCCAUACGAAGUCUGGUGGGCGCUGACCUACCUGCACAUCAUCACGGACUUUAUGAUCUUCCUCAUCCCGAUCCCGGUCGUGGUGACCAUGACGAUCCCCUUGCGCCAGAAGGCAGGCCUCCUGGUAGUUUUCACGCUGGGGUUAUUUCUCUGUGCCAUUUCCAUCGUGCGGACCGUCUGGCUGGACCUGCUGCUCCACGUUGACGAUGCGACGUGGUACCUGGUCACUAUCGCCAACUGGUCGACCGCCGAGGUCAACAUAGCCAUUAUCUGCGGCUGCAUGCCGACGCUGAAGCCGCUAUUGACCAAGGUCUUCCGGCCGCUGAUGGACCACAUCCUCCCGUACCACCACCAGUCGUUGGAGGACCCCGACUCGACGCGACCGAAAACGAUCGGGUCGAUGCCGUUGCAUGCAUUCCGAUUUGGGCGACCUUCCAACGGGGAGGAUACGACAGCAGUUGCCCGGUCGUCGCGGCUGACUUGGACGGACGGAAGGACGACCCUCGCCGCCAGCGAAGCCCAGAGCAAUCAAACCAAGCUAAGAAACAUGGAAUCGCAAGCGGAGCUCAACCCGAGCGGCGGCGACGAUAACGUCGUGGUCGAACCAGACGAGGAACCGAGGGCACCACAAAGGCCGGACACCAGAGACUGA